AUGCCUCGAUGUCACCACGCGGCGUGCAACGGUUCGGAGCGAACACCUCUCCUCGGCCAAAGAGAUUCGAGCGUUGCCCCUACAAAUCCUAUUCUGCCGCGUGAUCGAGUCGAUGAACAGGUGGUUUUGGCGCCGGAAAUGUCGACCACGAGACUGGGCCUCAUCAUGGGCACAGCGUGGGUGGGCGUCUUCCUCAUGGCUCUGGAUGGGACGAUCGUCGCCACGCUUGCCGCCCCCAUCUCGAGCGAAUUCCGCUCACUGAACAUGCUGUCAUGGAUUGCCACGGCCUAUCUCAUCUCUGCCGCUGCGGUUCUUCCCAUCACCGGCCGACUGACAGACAUCUUUGGCCGUGGCCCUGGCUUGGUCAUAAGCAACAUUCUCUUUGCCACCGGCAACCUCAUUUGCGGUAUGGCUACAGACCAGUACACAAUGCUGCUGGGCCGCGCCCUCGCAGGCUUUGGUGGCGGGGGGUUGCGAAGUAUCCAAAACUUCCUCGCCUCCGACUUGGUGCCACUACGCCAACGCGGUAUUACCCAGGGCAUUGCAAACUUGUGCUAUGGCUGUGGCGCAAUGCUAGGGGGGUUAAUUGGCGGUCUGAUCAACGAUAAUGCCCCCUUGGGAUGGCGGUUGGCGUUUCUUGCCCAGGUGCCGCCCUCACUACUUUCCGCCAUAGCAGUAUUGUUUUUGGUCAGAGUACCCCCCAAGCAGUCAGAUAAGUCAUAUCUCGCACGUAUAGACUUCUACGGCGUCUUCAUGAGCGUUUCGUGCACCAUUCUUAUGCUCUUGGGGCUGAAUUCUGGAGGUAACCUGGUACCUUGGUCACACCCACUGCCCCUUACCACAAUUCCGCUUUCUGUUCUCCUAUUCAUCGGCUUCAUCUGGUGGGAAACUAAGGCAUUCCAACCCAUCAUCCCAGUCAAGCUUUUGUUGAACCAGACAAUCCUCUCCGCCGCCCUGACAAACUUUUUCACUGACAUGGUCAUCAUGUCUGCUCUCUUCUACAUGCCGCUAUACCUCCAGGUGAUUGGAUACUCCGCCACAAAUGCUGGCCGCAUGAUCCUGCCUUCGCCAAUUGGUGACUCCUUGGGGGCCCUUGGGGCGGGCUACUUUAUGAGACACACGGGCAAGUACAUCUGGUUGGGUAUCCCGAGCGUCAUGCUCUUGGUGAUGGCUACCUCAUUCUUCUCGUUACAAACCGAAACCAGCCCAGCCUGGUACAGCACCAGCGGGUUUUUCCUCCUAGGAAGUAGCUACGUCUUCAUCCGGAGCCUGGGUAGCACUCUAGGCGUCACUACAGCAUCCGUGGUGUACCAAAACACUCUCUACAACCAGCUGUGGUCCAGGUUUGGCGACUGGCCCGAUGCCGCCAACGAGAUUGGACGCAUUCGGGAACAUCUGGAUGAGUUGAAGCACCUCCCAGAUGAGUGGUACGACGGUGUUAUGCGAUCAUUCAUGGAGGCAUUUCGUGGCGUCUGGUUGAUGAUGCUCGGCCUGGCGUUAACGGCUCUGUUUUGCAUCGCGGGAAUGAAACAGCACCAGCUCCAUUCACGGCUCUCCAGGUAG